ACAAUUGCUAAUACAACUAAUACACAAUAUUAGCAAACUUUAAUAACAAAGAUUAAUUAAAUAACCACAAGUCACACCAUUCUUGCUUUGACAAGCUUUCUUAUCCUCAUUCACAUGCAUUUCCUCCCUUUGUCUCUCUCUCUUACCGUUGACUUUUGACAACCCCAAGAUGCUUCAGUUUACAUUGUCUUAUAUCAAAAUCGCUGACCAAGCAAACCCUCCUCUCUCUCUCCAUUAUUUCUCCACAACCUCUAAGUUCCAAUCACAAAACCAUCACACCGCAGCCGCAAUGAACACCUUCCAACCACCACCACCUCCGCCGCCAGGGAUGCCAGACUACAACGGCCUCCUCAGCACGCACGAGAUCGGAGGAUUCAGAUACGGAAUCGGAGUCUCCAUAGGAGUACUCCUCCUCGUCACCACCAUCACCCUCACCUCCUACUAUUGCACACGUAACCAGCUCUCUUCUUCUUCACCUUCACAGACCAUUCAAGACUCGACGCGUAUCCAUCACCAUCACCACCAUGUCAUCAUCGACGUCGUACCCGGUCUUGACGAGGACACCAUCCAGAGCUAUCCGAAGAUCCUCUACUCGGAAGCGAAGGGCUCAACGACGGCGUCGUGUUGUGCCAUUUGUUUAGGAGACUACAAGGGAAAACAUCUCUUGCGGCAGCUGCCAGAUUGCAACCAUCUCUUCCACCACAAAUGUAUCGACACGUGGCUUAGGCUCAAUCCUACGUGUCCAGUUUGUCGGACUUCGCCGCUUCCAACUCCUUUGUCCACUCCCCUCGCCGAGGUUGUCCCCUUAGCCUCCUCUGUCGCCGCCACAAGGAUGCCCUAAUUAAUAUCGAAAUCCUGACUAAUCUCCGGCUUAAGCUCUUUCUCAAUUCUUCAUUAAUUCCUUGUAGAGUUUUUUAUUUAUUUAUUUUUGGUCACUAACUGAUCAAUAUAUUGUAUAUAUCAUUCUUCGAAGCCGAGGACUAGUAAGUGGAAAAGGGAUUAAGGGUUAAAUUUCACAAUUUUGUUUGAUUAAUUAGUUUUUUCUUUCUUUUUUCCUUUAGCAAUGUGAACGAUCGAGUUUAUUUCUCCUUCUACAUAUGUCGUACCAAAGAAUAAAUCAAAAGUCGUGUUGAAUA